AUGCCUUCGAACACUAGCUCAAACAGAAUGGCCCAGUACGCCAUGCAUUCGUCGCUUGACGCGGGCAUUCGGACUGGAGAUACGAACCAAGCCAGAGACCGCUUGGACGAACAGCGGCCUGCUACCCCCCCAUACGGAUUUCCUACGCGUCAAGCCGUGACUGAGUCGGCCAAGCUCCCGGCGCCCAAGCCGUUCGCGCCCGGUAGAGAUCAUUUCAACAACAUCCGCCACCUCGGCCAACCCAACCCACCGCAUCCCUUGCGCAUGCAAUCUCCUGCCAGUGUCCGCGAUGCAACACCACAGAGACAACGCCUCCGUAGAACCAACUCUCAGGGCACCGACGUGACAAGCUUCUGGCCCGAGUCGCAUAUUGAUAGUCAGUUUGGUUCGCCUACGACGCAACGGUCCGAAAGAUACGACGCCGCCGUUGACGGCCGCAGUCGCUCUCCGCCAGCAGCGUUCAACUUCCCGAGCAUGCAACCACUGCCUAUGGGAGGAAACAUGGGAAAUGGCGAAAGGGUGUCAUACACAAUCGGCAAGAAUGGGGCGAUGCGCGCCUCCGGCCCCGGCGACGAGCCGGGACUGCCCAUCUCAAGUCACACCUUUCCUCCGUCGCUGGAACCAGCAACUCAGGCCGACGGCUACUCUAGCGAGCCCUUCAACUCUCCACCAAAAAGACGCGUGAACCUGGCUCUACACUCGACGGCUGUGAAGAACCAAUAUGCCCAGCCUCUCUACAGCGAUGACCAGGAAGUCUUUUCGGAUCAUCCGACAUUUCAGAUGCCGAACGACACAUUGCGGGGACCCAAGAAGCAAGCGACGUUCCAGGAACCUCGCCGCACAACAGCAUUUCAGGAGGACGCGGACGUCGAGGGGAGCCUUGCGAGUGACUACCAAAUCAGCGAAGAUGAUAAAGGUACUCCUCGGGCAAGCCGUAAGAAGGCGCUUAAUCGGGAGCCUGCCGUCCCGGAGACUUCUGUUCCACCCCCAGCUCGUAAGCAGCGAGACAAGACUCGAAAGCGACGCCGAGACAGCUGCGACUAUGCUGAUGACGAGCUCGCGGAGAUGACUUACACGCAGCUGCGGGAGCAGCCCUUUGACGACGACCCGGCUCAGAAGUCCAUGAAGACAAUUGCUCCCUUGACGGGCGACAGCCUCCCUGCUAAGCUCGAACAUUUCAAGGGCCAGCGCGAGGCCGAACAGAAACAGUUCUUUAUGCAGAUGACGGUCAACGAUUGGGAGCGGUCGGGUGACUGGCUGCUGGAGCAAUUUGGCCAAGUCGCCCAGAAGCUCAAGGAUGCUCGUCAAAACAAGCGGACCAUGGUCGAACAAUUCGAGAACGAGAUUGCAAAGAGGGAGGAAGCGGUUCGUCUUCGGACGGAAAGCAUCGACAAGAAGUUGAGCCAGAUCAAGCACAAGGGCGAAGACAUGUUGGCUGACAAGGAGUUUUAA